CGCGGGUGCGCCGGGGAGCCUGCCCGCGAGCGAGAGCUGCGCCCCCGGGUCCCUCCAGCCGCCGCCGUCCCGGCCGAGCCCCAGCUCCGGAGCUGCCGCCGCCGCUGCCGGGACAUGGUCCUCUGCGUGCAGGGACCUUGUUCUUUGCUGGCUGUGGAGCGGAUCGGGCAGCGGGCCCUGUGGGCCCAGUCCCUGGAGCUGCCCGAACCAGCUAUGCAGCCCUUGCCUGCCGGGGCCUUUCUGGAGGAGGUGACAGAGGAGACCCCAGCCGAGCCAGAGAGUGAGCCCAAGGUGCUGGACCCUGAGGAGGAUCUGCUAUGCAUAGCCAAGACCUUCUCUUACCUUCGGGAAUCUGGCUGGUAUUGGGGUUCCAUUACCGCCAGUGAGGCCCGGCAACACCUGCAGAAGAUGCCAGAGGGCACAUUCCUAGUACGUGACAGCACCCACCCCAGCUACCUAUUCACACUGUCGGUCAAAACCACCCGAGGCCCCACCAACGUGCGCAUCGAGUAUGCCGACUCCAGCUUCCGCCUGGACUCCAACUGCCUGUCCAGGCCGCGCAUCCUGGCCUUCCCCGACGUGGUCAGCCUUGUGCAGCACUACGUGGCCUCCUGUGCCACUGACACCCGAGGUGACAGCCCUGACCCUGCACCCACCCCGGCCCUGCCUACGCCUAAGGAAGAUGUGCCCGGGGACGCAGCGCCGCCUGCCCCCGCAGUCACCGCCGUACACCUAAGGCUGGUACAGCCCUUUGUGCGCAGAAGCAGCGCCCGCAGCCUGCAGCACCUGUGCCGCCUUGUCAUCAACCGUCUGGUGCCCGACGUAGACUGCCUGCCACUGCCCCGGCGCAUGGCCGACUACCUCCGGCAGUACCCCUUCCAGCUCUGAUCCGUCUGAGCAUCUGCCUAGCCUCCCCCAACUGUACCCUGGAGGGGACAGCGGCCCCAGCUGGACUCGGGCCCCCCGGCACCCCUCCUCCAGUCAUCCUGGUGAUUGCAUGCACCUGAUAGCUGGACCAGGAAGAGUCCGCAGGAACAAGGCUGGGGGUGAGGGGUAGAGAAAAGCAUCACACAGUUUGGAGGUCAACACCCCCAGCAUCCUUGUGGCUCUGUUGUGGUGAGCCAUGUGUCAGAAAAGAGGGAGACAGGCAGGACCUUGUCUCACCCUGUGGGCUCGGCCCAGGCCCCCACUCGCCCACUCUGGCCUCCUGAACUGUGUAGACUUUGCUGGCCCCGGUUUUUCAGUCCACAGGGUGGGGCAGGCCCCCUCCUUCCUGCCUCCCUGUCUCAGGGAGGAUGGCAGCCAGAGGAACUGAGGUUGACAGUGACAGUCCCCUUAUGGGGUAACAGGCCAGGCUGGGGGACUGCAAAGUUAACCUGUAUUUAUUUAUUUAUUCUCCUUGGGGUGGCCUCGAGGUGAGCCAACCCCACCUCUCUGCCCUGAGCCCUGAGCUCUGGAGACCCCAGCUCUGCCCCAGCUUCUCUGGUUCCUCUUUGCGGAGAGCCCCAUCCUGAGACAUGUUGCUGGACCCAAGGCAGUUCUGGCUCUCCUGGCGCUGACCCACCCAACCUGUGAAUGUGUCCCCGGUCUUCUGCCCCCAGCCCUGCUUUGGGAGGGUGGGUAAAUAGACAAGAGAUUGGAGCCAAAGCGUCAGUGCCCAGCAGAGCCUGCCGCUCGCCCCUUGCAGGGCAGAGCCCUAUCUGCACAGAGCUGAUCUGGCUGGGCUGCAGGCCUGCAGAAGACUGUGUGCUAUGUCAGGAAGCGGUGUCUGGCUCAAGGGCCACCGCUCCAGGUCUGCUGGGCCUGCUUUCUGCCCAGGAAGGUGCCUGCACAUGAAAGGGAAAGAAAUACAUAUCUGAUAAGACUUUAUAAAAGAAUUAUUAUAACAAGCAAAACCCAGUUUGGUAGUCUUUUUCUUCUACUGAUUUUUCUGUAUUGACAAUAAAAUUGUACUUUUCAUUUAAGGA